GCUUGGUUGGAGGAUGUCUGAGGAUAAAGGGGUUUAAAAACCAAACGCUGCUGUGUCCUGUGGGGGGGUCGUCUGGGUGCGCUUGGUUAAUAUCUCAUCACCUCUAGAGUUCACACAGAGAGGUCAGUUAAUGAUUGAGGGUCUGCUGGUCACUUAUUGACUGAGGACACUUUUUAACUGGAGUGUCAGAGACAGACAGUCUCUACUGUCACUCUACUGUGUCUCUACUGGGUUUGAUCUCACAGCCAGAGGACAGAGAGGACAGAGAGGACAGAGGGGACACAGGAUGUUCUUCUACCAGUCUUUACUCUUUCUUCACUGCGACUGACUCCAUCUUUUCUUUCUCAUCCUAAACUUAAAUAGUUUUUUACUUCUUCUUACCUCAGCUUCUCAGCUCUCCUGACUCCGCCUGGACACCUGACAUGGAGGAGUCAUACUGCAGAGACACAGAGCUUUAAGUCUGGUCCACACACAACAGACGCCUGACAUACCAUCAGCUUUUUCCUCUGCAGAGAAUCAGAGCUGACGGCUGGCAGCAGACGAGGACAGAGGAGGACUGUUUUUUGGGACCUGAACUUUAAGAUUAAUAUCGGAACCAGAGACCGGCUCAGGGGCAUCUGCUUCAGCUGGCAGCUGCAGCAAUGGUUGAUGGGAAGCGGCGGAGCGGCACGGUGCCACCUCUGGAUGGAGGAUGGGGCUGGGUGAUCGUCGGCUGCUGCUUCAUGGUGACGGUCUGCACACGGGCUGUAACCAGGUGUAUCUCCGUCUUCUUUGUGGAGUUUCAGUCUCAUUUUGAAGCCGACUAUGCAGCGACAGCAUGGAUCCACAGCCUGGUGGACUGCACCACCAUGCUCUGUGCUCCUGUGGGAAGCCUGGUUGGUAACCGUUGGUCCUGCCGGGUGGCUGUGAUGCUCGGCGGGCUCCUCUCCUCCUGUGGGCUCCUCCUCAGCUCCUUCACCACAAGCCUGGAGCUCCUUUACUUCACCAUGGGAAUCCUGACAGGUCUGGGCUUCGCUCUCUGUUACACUCCCGCCAUCUACAUGGUGGGCUGUUAUUUCCACCAACGGAAGGCACUGGCGUACGGCAUUGCAAUGUCGGGCAGUGGGAUUGGUACCUUCGUUCUGGCGCCAGCGGUGCAGCUGCUCAUCGAGCUGUACUCAUGGAGGGGGGCGCUGCUCGUCCUCAGCGCCUUCGUAGCCAAUCUCUGUGUCUGUGGGGCGCUGCUCCGACCAAUCACAUUGCAGGAGGGCGGGGAGGAGGUGGAUGGAGAGGAGGGGGAGUCAGUGGGGGAGGAGAAACCUGGUAACAUCUUGUCGCAGGACGCCGAGCUCGCUGUAAAACUUAAAGAAUCAGACGACAGCCUCAAGUCAUCGUCGCCUUCAUCUCUGCCCGUGCCCCUGCUGUCGGGAAACCCCGCCCCUAAGCUGCAGAGGAGGUGGUGCUUUAGCUUCUGCUUCUUGUCCAGUCAGGAGUACCGCUUUCUGCUGCUGCCGGACUUCCUGGGCCUGGCUGUGUCGUUCCUGUUCCUGGCCAGCGGCUGCAGCCUCCCCUUUGUCUACCUGGUGCCGUGCGCUCUGAACAGUGGCGUCAGCCACCAUCAGGCCGCCUUCCUCAUGUCCAUCCUGGGAGUGAUCGACAUCAUGGGGAACAUAACCUUCGGCUGGUUGACGGACAGGAGGUGUUUGAAGCCGCACCGUCUGGCGUGUUACAUCUUUGCGGUGGGGAUGGAGGGUCUCUGCUGCCUCUUCAUGCCGUUGCUCCGGUCCUUCCCGCUCCUUGUGCCCUUUGCCGUCCUCUACGGUUACUUUGAUGGCGCCUACGUGGCACUGAUCCCUGUGGUGACAUCGGACGUGGUGGGAUCUCAGUACCUGUCCUCAGCACUGGGCGUCGUCUACUUCCUCCAUGCUAUCCCCUACCUCAUCAGCCCGCCAGUUGGAGGUUGGCUGGUUGACAUAACAGGAAGUUACACUGCCACCUUCUUCCUCAGCGGCACCGCCCUGCUGGCCAGCGCGAUCGUUCUUUUCACAGUUGCUGGAAUCCGCCGCUGCCACUCCACUGCUGCUGUAGUCAUCACCAAGGACAUGAAGCAUGAGCCCCUCCCUCUCCCCGACCCAUCAGACUGCUUCGUCGCCUUUGACAAGGAAGCGGUCAAUCAGGCUGUCAUCUCAUAACCUCAGAGGAAACAACCAAUCUGAUUCAUCGACACCACAGAUUGUGGUCUGGCCGAGGCAGGCUUCAAUCAAAUGCUUUACAGAAAGUGGAUUUAUUUAGAGUCUGCUGAAGGACAGAUUUCAAGUCAAGAAUCAACACUGACAAAUUUUAUAGGUGCUUCUUAAAGUCAAGGAACAAUCCUUACAUUUUAUGGAUGCCGCCGAAGGACUUUUCCGAUGUCUAAGAUCCUUUGAAUUCUACCGAAUCGAGUCCUUCUUUCAGACAUUUCUCAGGGAUGCCUGUAUCUAUCCUCAGGCUCUUAAAGUACCCACAAUCCUCUGUGCACAAUGAGUCAGUCCUAUCGUCCGAAUUGAAAACAAGGAAAACAUGCUAUAAACUUUCAGUUAAAUCUGCUUAGCAGUCCCACAGAAUCUGUCUCUGAACAAAUCAGAGGCGAGUAAUCUUCGUUCAUUAGAUCUAGAAGGCCAGGUUCAAAACUUUGUUCUGACUUUCGUACAACGAAGAAUGAGAGCAAAGUGUUGGUGCUGCUGACAGUUCUGUAUGCAGUUAUUAGUACCUUCGGUAAGGAUGGGCAUUUUAAGUAACUUCCAUACUAGAGUACCUGCAUUACAUUAUGAUAGAGUACUUGAUUACUUGCAAAGAUAAAAAAAAAUCUAACGCAAGAAAUAUGAAUGUUAAUUGACCAACAACGUAGUGCAAUCUGAAAUUCAUUUAUCGAGUGACCAGGCGCUAAUUUGCCUGUUAAGCCAUAAAUUAAAGUAAAAAAAAAAAUCAAUCAGAGUCCAGAGCUGCUCUCUUCCUGGCGACUUAAACAGCUGUCCGGUUAGCACAAGCUAACAUCCGACAUCGAGCUGUUUAAUGUCACUAAUCUCGAAACAUUACUUAAUGUUACGGCCCAGACACGCCAAACCCACUUGAGAGAAUCAACAUGGACAAAGGCCCCCUGCUGUGUCGCCUGACAUUGCUGCGUCUUGGACAAACAAGUUGUGCUUGAACACAAUACAAGGACACAGCUGACGGCCAACCUGCAUGCACGUUCGGCGCCUGCAUGAGAGGAAAUAACUCUCCACAGCAGCAGACAGUGGUCGUCUGUAUUCAUCAUUCAAA